GACUCUGAGACCCCGCCCCCCGGCGUCGGUUGGCUGGGAUCGCGCGUCCCUUCGCCCAAUCAGCGGGACGGAGUGGGGGUUGCUUCCGGGUCAACGCAGCGGAAGUGCCUGUCGCCGGGGGAAACGCGGCGGGAGCGGGACGGGACGAGGCGGCAGCCAUGGGGCGCCGUAAGUCCAAGCGGAAGCCGCCGCCGAAAAAGAAGGUGACGGGGACGCUGGAGACGCAGUUCACCUGCCCCUUCUGCAACCACGAGAAGUCCUGUGACGUCAAGAUGGACCGUGCCCGCAACACGGGGGUGAUCUCCUGCACCGUCUGCUUGGAGGAGUUCCAGACGCCCAUCACCUACCUGUCGGAGCCAGUGGACGUCUACAGCGACUGGAUCGAUGCCUGCGAAGCUGCCAACCAGUAGUGGCUGGGGCACCCCCUGUCCACAGCACAACCCCAGGGGUGGGGUGGGGGGGGGUGUCCCAUCCCUGCCACCCCUUUGUGGCAUUUUCUUUCUAUUUUCCACUUUUCUAUCCCUGGGCGCAGGGGGCUCCAGCUCAAUGGGGACCCAGGACGUGUCGUCACCUGGGGAUGGCACCCCUGCUCUUGGGGAGGGGGGUUGCCCAGCCCCGCUGCGACUUGUCCUCACGCCGGGUGUUUAAUUGCUGCUCGCCAGCAAGCUGCGAGGACUGCGCAGGAGCGGCGAUGUGGGGACAGGGGCCAGGCGCGCGGGCGACGCGUUUUGGCAGAGCCGCCCUUGAAUAAAUGCCCUCUCGGGGCUGGG